GCGGGGAGGGAGAGAGAGUGACAUUUUCCUCUCGAAAAAAAAUCCUCUUCACAAAAUGGUCAUCGAAAUGAUCCUCGCCGCGUUUUUAGGCUGUUACAUUGUCUCCUCCUUGAUCCUCUUCAAGUUCCCGAUGCUGUUGCACAAGAAGAAGGACGUGAAAUUCGUGUGUAGGCAUAUAAGUCACAGAGGAGGUGCAGGAGAAAAUUAUGAGAACACCAUAUCAGCCUUCAGACAUGCGGUGGAGGUCGGCACAGACAUGCUGGAGCUCGACUGCCAGCUAACCCUAGACGGCCAGGUGGUGGUGUCGCACGACUCCAUCCUCGACGUCCGCACAGAAUCAAAAGGGGCCAUUUCAGAGUACAAAUACGAGGAGCUCCCCCUCAUCCGCGAGCAGGUGCCCAUCGACUUCAUGCCCGGCACGACCUUCAGCGGCAAGAGUGACGACCGGAGGUUCCCCUUGCUCGAGGAGACGUUCCAGCUCUUCCCCAACCUGCCCAUCAAUAUCGACAUCAAGACGAACAAUAAUGAGCUCAUCUCCAAAGUAAGCAACCUAGUGAAGAAAUACAACCGAGAACACAUCACAGUCUGGGGGAACAUGAAGGACGAAGUUACACAAAAGUGCUAUAAGGAGGCAGGAAGACUCGCAUCCCAUCAGUCACAGCCUUGCGGUCAGGCAGAAACAAUUAAAGCACACAUAAUGUUUUCCGUGUCUGGUGGUGUGUCCCAUAAGGGUCUUGUGUGGAAUACA